AUGGGCCGGGGCUGCUCCCUCCUCCUGCUGCUUCUGCUCUUGUCCCAGUGGCCAGGAGCUGCCUUCUCACUCCUGCGGUCCCGGUACGACUGUGGGGACUAUGGGAUGCAGCUCCAGGCCUACCCCAGCCGUGGCCGCACCGUCCGCUUCAAAGUCAUGGAUGAGUUUGGCACCCGCUUCGAUGUGGCCAACUGCUCCAUCUGCCUCCACUGGCUCAGCACCGGCGGGGAUGGUGCUGUCAUCUUCUCCUCUGGCUACGAUGGUUGCCAUGUCCUGGUCAAGGACGACCGCUACGUGCUGAGGGUGCAGCUGGAGGAGCUGCUGCUCAGCGGGGUCAUGGCAGCCUUCUAUGAAGUCAACAUGACCUGCCCCAAACCAGGGGACUACGAGGUCCUCAGGGAUGGCAGCCAGGCUGGUCAGGGCAACGGCAUCCACCAAACCCAGACUGAUGUCCUUGUCCCCCUGUCCCAGCCUGGCCUCCUGCACCAUGUCUCCCAGUCUUCCCUCACCAUCUCUAGACCCCAGCUCAGUGCCCAAGGCCACUCGGAGCAGGUUCACUCCAUAGCUCAGACCCAGCCUGUCCUGGUGCGCCCUGGGCUGCAGCCCCAACCCCGGCCCAGUUUGGUUCACCCAGGGCUUCCAGCCCAGCCUGGCCAGGCUCACCUGGGCCUUCAGACCCAAAACCAGCAGGGCUUAACACGCCCAGGCAGGCAGCCCCCAGUCCAGCCUGGCCAAACCCAACCAGGGCUCCUUCGCCCAGGCCUUCAGUCCCAAACCCAGCCUGGGUUGGUGCAUCCAGGAGCUCAGACCCAGCCAGGUCUUCACACCCCAAACCGGCCUGGGUUGGUGCAUCCAGGAGCUCAAUCCCAACCAAGUCUUCACACCCUAAACCGCCCUGUGCUGUUGAACUCUGGAGCUCAAUCCCAGCCAGGUCGUCAGACUCCAAACCGGCCUGGGUUGGUGCAACCAGGAGCUCAGACCCAGCCAGGUCUUCACACCUCAAACCGGCCUGGGCUGUUGAACUCUGGAGCUCAACCCCAGCCAGGUCUUUACACCCCAAACCGGCCUGGGCUGGUGCAACCAGGAGCUCAGACCCAGCCAGGUCUUCACACCUCAAACCGGCCUGGGCUGGUGCAACCAGGAGCUCAGACCCAGCCAGGUCUUCACACCUCAAACCGUCCUGGGCUGGUGCAACCAGGAGCUCAGACCCAGCCAGGUCUUUACACCCCAAACCGGCCUGGGCUGUUGAACUCUGGAGCUCAACCCCAGCCAGGUCUUCACAACCCAAACCGGCCUGGGCUGGUCCAUCCUGGAGCUCAAACCCAACCCAGUCUUCUUCAGCCAGGGUUUCAGACCCAAAACCAUCUGGGGCUGCUGCACCACAGUGUCCAGUCUGGCUCAACACAUGCUGGUGCUCAAACUCAAGCAGGCUUCAUCCACUCAGGAGCUCAACCCCCAAACCAACCAGGCUUCUCUCGCCCCAGCCUUCAGACCCACUCCCAGGCUGGUCUUCUCCACCCUGGCCUCCAGAACCAAGCUGGGCUGGUCCAUGUCAGCAGCUCCCAAGGGGAUACAGCAAGCCCAGCACUCCAGUCCCGACCAGGUAUGGUACGUCCUGGACUUCAGGCUCAGCUCCACUCAGGUCUGGAACAUCCAAGACUUCAACCCCAGACCAGUCUGCUGCAAUCCACAGCUCUCUUCUACCCCUCAGCAGGGGCAGGCACCCAGCUGACGCGGGAGCAGUGCCAAGUGGCCGCGGGGAAGAUGCCCUGCAUGGCCCCAGAGGGUCGGGAGGCCUGCGUGCAGGCAGGCUGCUGCUACAACGACAUGGACCGCGUGACACCCUGCUACUAUGGCAACACAGCCACCGUGCAGUGCCUGCUGGAUGGGCACUUCGUGGUGGUGGUGCCACGGGGCCUGGGCACCCAACCCUACAACCUGGACAGCGUGAGGCUGGCCAGCAGCCAGCCUGGCUGCGAGCCCCUCAGGCUGAGCGAGGCCUUCGUCAUGUUCCGCUUCGCCGUCACCCAGUGCGGCACCACCGUCCAGGUGAUUGAGGACCAUCUGAUCUAUGAGAACCAGUUGAUCUCAACUGUUGAUGUCCAAGGGUCUCCCCGUGGCUCCAUCACGAGGGACAGCAUCUACAUCCUCCAAGCUCGUUGCAUCUACAAUGCCACUGACCUCCUGCCACUCCACAUGGAAGUGGCUGUACCCCCCACAUCCAUUCCCCUGGCCAUGCUGGGGCCACUGGGGCUCCAGUUACGCAUUGCCACUGAUGAGACCUACAGCUCCUACCACCCCAGUGGUGACUACCCCUUGGUGAAGGUUCUGCGGGACCCCAUCUACGUGGAGGUUCGCCUCCUGCAGAAGACUGACCCCAACCUGGUGCUGGUCCUACACCACUGCUGGGCAGCCCCCAGCACCAACGCAGCAGCUGAGCCCCAGUGGCCCAUCCUGGUGGAUGGGUGUCCCUUCACAGGGGACAACUACAGGACCCAGCUCAUACCUGUUGGCCCAGCCUCCCCCCAGGUGCCCUUCCCCAGCCACUACCAACGCUUCGCCAUCUCCACCUUCACCUUCGUGGAGCCUCCAUCCAUGGCAGCGCUGGAGGGAGAGGUGUACAUCUCCUGCAGUGCUUCCGUGUGUCACCUGGCCCAGCCCGAGCCCUGCCGGCCCUCCUGCCAGCUUGGGGUGCCCUCACGAGCACGUCGGUCUGCAGAGGACAAGGGGACAGCUGAAGCCACGGGGAUGGUCACCUCUCAGGGAGGUGUCAUCUUCCCAAAGGUCCCCAAGCUGCACAGAGGAUGA